AACAACCAUUUAAGGUGUGAUGUUUAUGUGCACUGAAAAUUACCUGCAGAAGUUGUACGGAAUUUUGAGUUAUUCAGAGAUAAUGCUGUACAAUGUGCAAAAUAUAAGUUUGGUCAGAAUAACUGAAAUUGGUCAUGUUUAGUUUAUGAAUUUAAUGUGCAUGUACAUGUUAUUCUUCUAUGUUGGAAAAACGUUUAGGUAUAUUACUCAAAGUUUAGUUUUGCAAAUUAAGAUUUUCAUUUAAAAAAAAAAAUCUGGUCCUUGCUUGAAAGUUACAUUUUGUAAGUUUGUAAAAAUACAUUUUGCCUUUAAACUAAUUGGCAUUAAAGGACCAGUGUGUAGGAUUUAGUGGCUUCGAGCAGGGAGGUUGCAGAUUGCACUUCAACACACACACACACGCACACACGCACACACACACACACACUUGUAUGCACAAAUAUAGGUGCACAUACACACCCACCUACUACCCACAGGUCUGUGUAUGGGUUCAACACAUCAGAUAUAAAGUCAGAGAUUUACUGGCGCCAUUAUGCUGGUAUCCUUGUCUAAAUGCAAUAACUAAGGCAAACUUCAGCUUUCAAGAGAUGAACGUGUCAUCUGCCAAUGUGACAGCGGUGGGUCGGGAUCCAGACUCCUUCUCUAAAGCUGUGGCCAAGAAUGUUAUUGUUGUGGUUCUCGGUAUCUCCAUCAACUACAUCAACGCAAAUCUCAUUCACACCUUCACCAAACACCAGAUAUUUUAUAUGAAUCCACGCUAUAUCCUUUUUAUUCACCUGGUGGUCAACGACAUGAUCCAAGUGAUGCUGACCGUCAUCCUGUUUGUCAUCAGCUACACUGUCUACAGAAUAAACGUCUCCCUCUGUUGCGCCUUCAUCCUGCUUACUCUUUUCACCACCGAAAACACACCUCUGAACCUGGCCUGCAUGGCGGUGGAGUGCUACAUCGCCAUCUGCGCCCCCCUCCACCACGUACAGAUCUGCACCAUAAAGAGAACGUUAUUGCUGAUUGGUUUAAUCUGGACAACAACCAUGUUUUCUGUUAUGUCUGAUCUCUUCAUCACUUUGGCCACGCAGCCUCUGGACUUCUUUUAUUCCAGAGUGUUCUGCCUCAGACAAACUGCCUUCCCAGGUCCCCUCAUCAUCAAGAAGAGGGAUAUCACAUAUUCAGUGUUUCUAGUUAUAGUUUGGAUCACUAUCUUUUACACUUAUUUCAGAAUUCUGUUCACUGCAAAAACUGCGAGCAAAGAUGCUAAGAAAGCCAGAAACACAAUCCUCCUCCAUGGGUUUCAGCUGCUGCUGUGCAUGGCAACAUAUGCAGCCCCCCAGUUAUUAGAUGUAGUGAGGAAAUGGUUCGUUGUGAAUUAUACAGACUCCCUCUUUGCUUUCUAUGUUAUUGUACAGAUCCUGCCACGAUCCAUCAGUCCAAUCAUCUAUGGCAUACGAGACAAUACUUUCAGGAAGUACUUUAAAAGGUAUCUGUUGUGUAAAUACACCAUACUGUAAGCAACCUUUCAAAAACAUCAAGAUCUUUCCAAUAAAAGUAAAAGUAAAAGGAAAGCUUUGCAGAACUUCCGGGUUUGCUCUCAUGCAGACACUGUAACAUUUAAACACAGCUGUUACAACUCCAGAUUCAAGUCAAGUUAGUGUAGUGUUCAUUCAGUGUUAAUCAUUUCAACGAACAAAAAUAUCAACAAGUUUGGUCAAAAUGGAGUGAUUAUAGGUACAUUAAUGCCUUGUGUUGAUAUUGUAGCAAUUAAGUCUCAUUUUUAUUGAUGCUUUAUGCUUUUCUCUGUUUUAUAGUCAGCUGACAGAUGGUGAAAAUAAUCACUAAUUUCAGCCCCAUUACUGUUAUUGUUACAAUGUUUGUCCUAAUUGUAUGUUAAUUGACUGUUUACUGUUGCUCGACACAUAUUUGGUUGGAGAUAAUAAUUAUUCAGAUCUCUUAUUGUCACCUGUGGAAAGUCUAUAAACCAGUUCAGGCAGACAAAUCAAGGUCUGCUGCUGCACUCCUAUGUGAAACACUUCAACACAUAUAAGAGUGAAGAGAGAUACGUGGCUGUCACAGUGUUACUACUUCAGUUGCAGUUCCAGCAUUUCUGUCCUGUAUUGGAUACAUUCAGCUGACUAAAUUAACUGUGUGUCUUUGGUAUCCAAGAAUGAAUAAAUACAUUAAAUGUUUUGUUAUCACUGCUGUAAUUGUAUUUUUUUUUCUCCUCAUGCCACAAUUAAACUGCAGAAAGUCCUCA